CCUCUAGCUAGCUGUUUGUUCAGCUUUGCUCGUUCAAGACCUGCAUUUCCCCUGGGGCCUAGACAGCUACUUCUUGACCCAUCGUUGUCUUUUACAAACAUUCUCUCUCUCCCCCCCAGCUGGAUUCCAUCCUUUCCCGCAUUGUUCUUAUCCGCAGCAACACGGCUUGCUUCUCUUUCUCCUCUGCUGGUUGCUUUGCUCUCCCUCCCUCACUACUACUUCGCUCCCUUUCCUUGUCCGCGGGCGCUCAAUCUCCUACGCUCCUAUUUCUAUCAAAUCCCCCCGGUUAAAUCACUCCCAAUCCUUCUUCCCCCCGCUCCCCCAUUCACUUCGUUGCCGUGUUUCUAGGUCCCCAUCGAACGGGCUAAGAAAAUGUCAUGGCAGCUGCCCCGCUAGACAGCUCUAGCACCCCGCCUGACGCUAUCUCGACUGACUCGACGCGUCCGCUCGGCCAUCCCAUGGAAGAGUCCGACCCCCAAUCCACCCGGAAACGUCCUCGUCUCGACAGUGGAAGCCGCGCCUGUGAGUCGUGGUCCGCUUCCAACGAAACUGCCGCUUCUCGACUCUCCAACCAUAUCCCGGAUGCUCCUGCCACAACAGCCCAGGAAGCUUCUCCAUCUUCUCGCCCCGCCAGCCGAGUGGCCAUCAAGCUGAAGCCUCCCACUUCUGGUGAUAAAAUGGCGUCUGCUCCUGAAGACUCACCGGCCGAACAUUCCAGCGGCGAUCUCCCCGCUCCAUCCGCGGGCGAGGCCGGCGUUGACAUUUCUACCGCCAUAUCGCUGUCAUCAUCACCUGCACAGAGCCCGGAAAUUGAAGUGGCCGACCUGGAGGAUAUGGAUCAGGACCCCAAUACCUCCAGUUGGAAAUCGCUGGGUGAGGCGAUGCGGGAACCAGAAACACCAGACGUGGUGCAGCUACAAGCGCCUCUGACGGAUACAUUCCCAAGGAUUCACAUGGGAAACGAGUUGCGGGAGAACCUGGAGGAGAUUUGUGCGAUAAUUGAGAAAGGGUCGCAGCACGAUAUCCCAGUCUUUAUUGCUGUGAAAUGUUGGCUAGAUGACGUUGCAAAUAAUUUGGAUCAGUUGACAUAUGAAGUACUGGCGGAGGACCGGGACUUUUGGGAGGAGCUUCCCACGGUCGUGGAUAGCUUGUUACGCAGAACCUCAGAGUUCCUACCGGAUGAAGGUCGAGGGCCAUGGACUUGCUUACAGGAGUUUUUCCUCGACUAUGCUCAAUUAGCGCUUCAGAUCGUGGGCUUGGAUACCUUUUUAUUAACCCAAGUCAUGGAAGAUGCAGAUGCACAGAUGUCAGAUCCAUUGUCGAAAGCUUACCUGCCGUCACUGGGUUGGGUUCUGCAGCUGAACAACAUCCCGUUCUUCCGUGCCAUGGAGAAGAUGCAUGGGUCUGAAGUUUCGAAUCUUCUUGCUCGUACCAAUGAUCAGGUCGCCUCUUCCCCCUUAGAUAUUGUCCAGCGGUUGUCCGAACAUGCCGUUUGUAUACUCACUCUCAUCACCCGGUGGCCUCAGCUAUCUACUUCCUUGGUCUCGAUUGUGACUAUCGUACACAACCUACUAGAGUCAGGGAACGAGCGGCGGAGGUACCGCGCGGACGAUGCUCUAAUGAACUCUUCGGUCUACUCUCGCACCAUGAAACGGGCUUACACUUUGAUCCGCGCUGCGGAUGAUAAGUACCAGACCCACAUUACCAAGAAGUCGCCUUGGGUGUCUAGUGAUACGAGCGAAUCCAUGCUUCGCCUCAUAGCCCAUUCAUACCUCACGUUAUGUCGCCGUGAUCCAGACUUCUCUUCGCAGAUCGCUAACGAUCUCGCGAUACAACUUCUAGAAGGCCUCACGCCCGAUGAUCGUUCGUACAUCAUUCACUACGGCUGGAAAUUUGCCGUCCUGAAGAAACACAUCAUGGAUGGACGAAUGGAGCUACGUGUUCAUGGUAUGGAAGCAAUGCAGACGGAUCUGGUCAACGUAUGGAGGCAACACAUUCAGAACAAUCCCGAUGGCGUUGAGCACCCUGUGGUCCAGUACCUUGUGGGCUUUUUACGACAAAACCGGAUUGUCGAAUACAUUGUGGGGAUUGAUUCUCACCCUCAGCUGAUUAGCAGAAGUGGGAACAUUGUCGGAUUCCUGGUGGUCACGUCCACAUAUACCGAUGCUGACACUGACACGAUAUGGAAGACGGUAACAGAGAGCCCAGAUCCGCGAACAGUGUCCGAAGUGCUAGGAAUGCUGGGCAAGACUUUCCAUAUGCAUCUGCCAACUUCGCCUGCCUUGCUAUAUCUGUGUUCCAAGCUGCUGGAUCUUCCAUUGUCUCGCUUCGAUGCACGGAUGAUAGACUUCUGUGAGCAGCUUCUUCACCAAGUGCGAGAGAAAUAUAGCGACAGAACUCGUCGUGACCUACAAGAUCAGAUUCAUGUCGAUGCCAUUCCGUUGCGCUUGUGCGUGCGUUUGAUUCGUGAGAGUGCUGGCGCCGAUGAUUUGCCUGUCGAACACAAGGCCCUUCUCCAAAAGUUUGCGGGUGCUCAGCUUAGUUCAUUCAUGGAAAUCGGCCUGAGUGAGGUGGACAAGAUGGAGACUUAUGAGCAAUGUCUUCAAGACAUCGCUGAAAUGAAUCAGUUCACUGUUGGCAGCAUCCAGGCCUUGAAUGCCCUUCUUACCAACCAUGACAUCCUUGAGCUUCGAAAGCUUGCCGAGGAAUUUGAUCUGACCCGCUUGGUGAUCACUGAGUUGGCCCAGAUGGUGGGCAUGGACCAGACGGACUUUACAGAUCCUUUUUCUCUAACCGGAUUCUCUGCGAGGAUUCAAAUGCUAGCCCGGAUUAUUGAUAUGGUGCCUGACUCGAUCACCCCGGAACUUGGUGAUUUGCUUUGGCGCAAGGUCUUCAUGUGCAAGACUCUUGCACAGCAGGGUAGAAGAGCUCUUUGGGAUAUGCUAUGCGGAACUACCCGGUAUAGCGCCCAAGCGAACUCGUUUAUUGAACGCUGUAUCCAGGUCUACUUACCCGAGCUCUCGCCUUCUGAAGACUACCUCCCCGAGGUGCUUCUGUUUGCAAAGCAAACCAUUAACUACGAGGUCCGUUUUAAUCCUCCACCAAUGGCCGGCGAGAAUGAAGUUGUGACAAUCCCGGGUAUGGAUCGGAUCUGGAGCUUUAUUCUGACUGCUCCGCCUGGUACGAUUGAGACGGAUGCGACCGCUUUCGCAAUUGAGGUUUACCUCGACCAGGGCGUGAUCAACCGGUCUCCACGUUCUGCUGUUGAGGCUACUCAUAUCGCGCUGGUGGAUCGUUGUGUCGACCAGCUCAAGUCUGCCGCGUCGAGGUUGAAGGCAUAUCGCGGGGAUAUUAGCACAACUCAGGACGAACCAAUGCAGGAAGUGGCCUCCAAUCCUGACAUGGUCCAAGCAGAGGAGCUGAGAUUCAGCCGCUCAUUACUUUUUCUUCGCCAGUUCCUACAAGGCUUGCGGAGUCGUCCCCAGUACAGCCCGCCCCAAAAUUUGCCGCCCGACUUACCUGGCAAGCCUGUUCAAGGGGAGGUAAUCGAUAUCCGCUAUCAAACUUUCAAUGGCGGCACCCAGUCAAAAGUUCGCACAUUGCCCAUCGGAGAUCUGUCAACUGCAGCGGAGCUUGUUGAAACACUCGUGCGUGUGACUGGCUUCACUAAAUUCAGCACGAUAUCUGGUGGUCAAAGGACUGACCUUCUUGAGAAGCCUGAUAUGACCAUUCGGGACUUGAAGCUCGGCUCCGGAUUACUUCUCAUCAGGCGAGAUUCAGACAGCCGCGAACUGGCGCUUGCCGGUAGACGUCAGUCUCUGACCCUGGUCGAUUCUGAGGUACUCAAACACUUUGACGAUCUCUACGAUCUUCUCGUACUCGAGGACCACUUAGCACGAGAGAUAUAUGAUUUUCUGGUCGUUUUCCCGCCGCAAGACAGGGUUCUGCAAUUGGUGAAGUCCGUCGACAAGACUGAGGACGACAUGUUCCCGAUGGACAAACCGUAUAGCCUUCUUUACUCAGUAAAUGCGCUUUCUGUAACCCUACGGGAAGAGUCUCUCGAGGCGUCACCAAAUCAAGAAUGUGUGUCUCAUAGCGUCAGCGUCCUGGUUUCUGCCUUGACGCGCCCCGCGAUGUCAGAUGCUUUGGGUAGCAGCCCCGCGAAGCUUCUGUUCGCAACUCAUAUGGUCGAGUGCCUUCUCUAUGCUCUUCUGGUACGACCGGCUCUCCCAGGUGAAGCCUCUACAGUACCAAAUCCAGCGGCAUUGGCCCAGCAACUCUUUCACUUCAUGGAAGUGGCGCGACGUCUACCAGGGUCCUAUCUUCCAGAAACUGGAAUUGCCAAGUUGAUCUGCAACUCAUUCGCCGUGCUGACUGAGGGCUCGGUGCGGGACCUUAGUUUCUGGGAAGCCAUCAAGCAGCAGGCACAGUUCGACGAACUCCUUCGCUCACUUCUUCUGGAGGAACAUCGUCAACCAAUUCGGAAAGGCAUCGCGGAGAAUGUUGCUGUCACUUGCAGUCCCUCCAAAUUGCUUAGAAAACCAUCAAAGUCUGUUGGGUCAGACACACAAGAGACACGAGGCGCAUCAGCGUCUGAUAAUCCUAUCCGGAUUGAGAUUCUUGCGACAAUCUGGGACGCUUUUGUCAAGACUUUUCCGGUCACACUAGAUCAUGCGCGCCAGUGUCAGGAAUUUUUCGAAAUUGCCAAUCUGGUUUUUCGCUCGGUUGCGGAGAGGUCACCACAUGAUCUUGCAUUCAGCGAAUACUUGAAACAGUGGAGUGCCACCAUGCUACGCCAUCGGACAGAAGAGUUUGUUGGCCGCGAGCCCGUGGACCAUCUUAUCUUGGGCUUUUCUCGUCUUCUGAGAUUGUGUCUGGACCUGGCAAGUUCCAAUGACACCACAGUGGAUACCUCCGACCUCGCCGAGAGCCUGUUCGACCAGUACCUCUUUCCCGACCUUUCACUAUCCUCCACCGCUGUUGUCGCACCCCAAAUUCCUGUCAUGCACGGGCAAACCCGCCAGGAGCUGUACAGUAUCCUGUGUCAGCUCUGCAGGGUCGACGAGGACUACUCGAAAAUUGUGGAGCGUCUUGAAGAGAUCAUUCCGCUAGAGGACUACACUUAUUCGCCCUCUUGGGGGUUUGACCGUUACAAAAUGAUCCGAUCACCAGAAGGCUAUGCCGGGCUGAAGAAUCUUUCCAACACCUGCUACUUAAAUUCUCUUCUGACCCAGCUUUUCAUGAACGUCGGGUUUCGUGACUUCAUGCUGCAGCUUCAUCUUGAUGAUCCAGAGGGCACCCAAAGGCUGCUCUUUGAGACGAAAAAAUUGUUCGGGUACAUGCAGGAGACGUGGACCAAGAGUGUCGACUCGCAGGCAUUUGUUGACACGAUACGCACGUAUGAUAAUGAGCCGAUUGAUGUUACCAUCCAGAUGGAUGUCGACGAGUUCUACAAUCUCCUCUUUGACAGAUGGGAGGCCCUGAUCUUGGAUCCAGAAUGUAAGAAAAAGUUUCGGUCGUUCUACGGCGGUCAGUUGGUCCAGCAAAUCAAGUCCAAAGAAUGCCCCCAUAUCUCCGAGCGCCUUGAACCGUUCUCUGCCAUUCAGUGUGAAAUCAAGGACAAAGCGAGUCUCGAAGAAAGCCUACAAGCUUAUGUCGAAGGAGAGAUCAUGCAAGGAGACAACAAGUACUCUUGCACAUCAUGCGGGCGCCAUGUCGAUGCCGUUAAACGAGCUUGCCUGAAAGAUGUGCCCGACAAUCUCAUAUUUCAUCUGAAACGCUUCGAUUUUGACAUGGUGACAAUGUUGCGAAGCAAGAUCAAUGACGAAUUUCAGUUCCCGGAAUUCAUUGACAUGAGCCCUUUCAAGGUUGAAUAUCUCUCGGACCAGACUGCUGAAGUCCAGGAGGACGUCUUCGAGCUCGUCGGUGUCUUAGUCCACAGCGGUACGGCUGAAUCCGGCCAUUACUACUCGUACAUCCGCGAGAGACCUACCACUGAUGCCAGAGGCUCAUGGGUCGAGUUCAAUGACUCCGAUGUUAGCCGAUUUGAGCAAGGAAAGCUUGCAGAUCAGUGUUUCGGUGGAUACAACGACUCCCUGCAGUCCUCUGCCAUGGGCCAGGUCCGGUUCAACAAGGUCUGGAACGCGUACAUGUUGUUCUAUCAACGUGUUUCCAGCAUGGAGGCAGCGAAGACGAUCUACAACCCCACGAAACCGCAUCACCCUGUACGCGUGCCCUUGCCCGUGGCUCUUGCGAAUCAUAUCGUCAUGGAGAAUGAGAUCUUCAUACGGACUUACUGUCUGAUGGACCCAUACCAUGCGCUCUUCAUUCGGUAUCUCCUUUCCAUGCUUCAUGAGACCAAGGAACCCAGGAGUGAAAAACGGUCCAAGCUAGACAAGUCUAUGAUUUUUAUCGCCUUAGACACACUCGAGCAGUUGCUUUCGAGGGCCCGGGAACUAUUAGGUCUUGAGACAUUUGUGACUGAGAUCCUGGGGGUCAUUACCGACGUACCGAAGGCCGCUUAUAGAGUCCUGCAGUGGUUCGAACGCAAGCCGGCAGCGAUCCGCAACUUGAUCCUCAGGAGUCCCCACGCCGCUGUCCGCAACAGUUCGAUGAGGAUUAUUAUGUGUGCUCUUUCAAAACUGCAAGAUCUCCACCAGAAGGCGGAUGACGGGAGUACCGACAAAGAGAAAUGGCAAAUGCGAUACCUGGACGGCUUCGAGAAUGUGGUAGGCACAUUGGAUGGCCUGUGGUCGACCCUCUAUACUGCCAGCCGCUCAUGGGACGAUUAUUUCGAGUUCUUGUUAUUACUUGCAAGCUUCGGGCAACACGAGGCCGGCAUAGUGCUCAACAACGGGUUCCUUCUCAAGUGCCUUGAAAUCGUGUGGCUUGAGCAUGAAGAUUCGAAGCGGCUGAGGCGCCAGUACGCUGUCUUUAUCAAGUUGAUGGAGAAAGGCCGAAGAUUUUCAUACAAGAAGCUGAUGGAUCUCUUGGCUUUGCUAUUGGCGCAUAUCGACCUCACCGUACCACCCAGUCCGGAUGACAAACGACGUACUUUGCCAGAUGGCAGGUACACUCUCACCACGAUAGAAACUGCCCUAAUCCGUCCACAGGGGAAGAACAAGGAGCUUUCGUUCCUUAAGAUAAUUCUUACCCAUAACAGUAGUCCAGCGGCGUGCAGGAACAUUGUCAGUCACUUUGCGGAUGCAGAGCCCGACGCUGGCCUCACGAAUCCGAUCUGUAAAGCUCUGGAAGAGGGCCUUAGAGUGGCACCUGCUAAUCUCUGCGCUCCAUUUCUGGAGGCAACAUUGAUAUUCUGUCGCCGAGGUCCUGACGAGACUAAAAUCGCCGACUUGAUCGACUUCGUCUCUAAAGGAGUCGAAACCAUCAACAACAGCGGUGGCCGUGAGCAUCUCUCGUUCUUCACGAGCAUUAUGGGCAGCCGCAAUGACCGGCUUGGACUCAACGAAGCCUGGUUCUUGACUCGUCUCAUCGACACCGUGCCCGACUGGGCUCCCACUCUGCUCAUUUUUCCAGAGAGAGCGGUCCGAAACAUGACUCUGGAAGUCCUGAGGCAGAUUCUGUUCAGCGGCGAAACGGAAGAAAUGGGCGACGAUUGGCAGACGCAUCAAACUGAAGUUGCCAGAAAGUUGGUCCAUGCCAGCGUUGACAGGUUGCGGAAAACAUACGUCAAUGUCCCCGGGUGUAAUGUGGAAUCAAGAUCUGUGGAGUCCAUCCGCACCGUGAUUGAGCAUUGCCUGAGCACGUACUUUGGAGACAGCGAGGAAGACCAGGAGGCUGUUUUACAGGCUCACGAAACGAUCGGAGCCGUUGAAGACUUGGUUGUUGAUGUGCCAGAAGAGCUGGCGUCUGAAGACUGGGAGGAUAACUCCGUUAUGGCCAGCGAUUCGGAGAUGGGACUAGCGGGUUCUCCGUAACCCUGCGUCCGGCAAUGCGCUGAAGUGUUUCACUUGUAUCACAUAUGAGAGACGAAUUUAUGAUAAAACGCUUUUUGUGUGCUUAUGGCCUGCAUCUAUCGGCGUUUCCUUCCCUCGGCUCUAAUAGAAUUGGGCCUUUACUUCCGUUCCGGCUACUGUUGCUUUGCGUGUCGGUUGCUUUUCUCGCGAUGCCCUUUUGUUUUCAUACCAUGUGUUAAUCUUGCGAGGACUGUGUAGUUGUUUUACAAGGCCUAUUGUGAGUUUUCUGGGAGAAUGCUGGUUUCUGCAACCUUGCCGUCAUGGUUUCAUACACCCGAUGGAGUGCCAUUGAUAGGCGGGUAGUUUGAUUAGACACGCCAUGCUUCGGAAUGUGAUACUGCACACGUGUUGGCUCCAAAUCUGAUAUGACUUCUGAGGACUUUUUAUCCAUUCCAAAAGGACUAUUCUAAU